CAGGUAAAAUGGCGGCGCCCAGCAGAUCCGAGGAAAGUUACGACGAGGACUUCGAUUAUCGCGGAACUAGGAGAAAGAAACCGUGCCGAGCAUGCUCAGACUUCAAGGCUUGGGCCAAGAGUAAGGGUGGAGCCACUCCCAAAGAAGCGGGCCCGACGCAAGCGGGCGAUGCUGGUCCGGCGGCCGACCGCGAGUGUCCACCGGACCGGUCCCAGCUGGGCCGCUGCACGUGGUCCCUCCUCCACUCGGUGGCCGCCUACUACCCCAAGAGGCCCAGCGCGGAGCAACAGCGUGACGCCGACCAGUUCUUCCGGCUCUUCUCCAGGCUCUACCCGUGCAGGGACUGCGCCGAGGACUUCCGCGCAGAGCUCGACUCCAGCCCUCCCCGUGUGGCGAGCCGCGCGGAGCUGGCCCAGUGGCUCUGCGAGCAGCACAACGUGGUCAACCGGAAGUUGGGCAAGCCCGAGUUCGACUGUUCGCGCGUCGACGAGAGAUGGCGCCGCGGUUGGGACGACGGCUCGUGCUCCUGAUUGGCCGCGGUGACGACGAACUCCAGCCCCUCUCCAUUCCCGCUCGUCGCGUCGACGGACUAUAUAUGCCGACGCCAUUUUUGUAGAUAACGAAACACCCUUCGGCGCAGCAGAGAUGUGCAGUGACGUCAUUCGCGUGCAACGAAGCUGCUACAGCGCUAGUCAUUAUACCGAGAUUGAUGAAAGAGAAA